AUGGCCGCCUCAUCGAAAAUCUCCCGAUUGAUCACGGCACGCGACGAUCCGCCCGAUAAUUUGCAGCAAGCCCUCGAGGUCACCCGCCAGGCAAACGCCACCAACAUUGCGCUUGGAAUUUUUAACGCGAUGGCGUCGAACCCACAAAAUAGCAAUUGCUUCCUGAACGUGCCGCAGUUGAUCGCCACCUACUCGCUGCUAAAC